ACACAACAUAUCGUCAUUUUGGUGUUCUCUGUGGUGAUCUUCCACAGAAACGCAGAACGAAGUGGGAAAGAAUGUGGAAAAGAACUUUUCGUCUGUUCUCUACAGAGGCGGAAACCCCAUCCCUCUACUCAUUUCUCCGGCCAUCAAUCUUCUCUCUCAAAACUGCUCACCCGCCGUCCUCCGCCGCCGCAUCGAAACCCGCCGACGCCACUAAAAAAUCCCUAACCCAUGACCAAAAGCCCAAUCUUGAGGCUGCUCUUCAAGCCUCCCUCACCGCCCACCACACUGAUGAGGCCUGGAAAUCAUUCAAGACUCUCUCCAACAGUUCUUAUUUCCCCAGUAAGCCCUUAGCUAAUUCCCUCAUCACCCACUUGUCUUCCCUCUCCGACACUCAAAACCUCAAGAGGGCAUUCGCGUCUGUGGUUUUCUUGAUCGAAAAGAACCCAGAUUUGCUCUCCCAUGAAACAAUUCGACACUUGCUGACUUCCAUGAGGAAUGCCAACACGGCGGCGCCUGCUUUUGCACUGGUCAAGUGUAUGCUCAAGAAUCGAUUUUUUGUUCCUUUUAGCGUAUGGGGGAAUGCCGUUGUUGACAUCAGCAGAAAAACGGGUAAUUUGGCUUCUUACUUGCCCAUCUUUUACGAGAUUUGUUCCGUUUCUAUGGAUGAGCAAUUGUUGUUCUUGAAACCUGAUUUGGCUGCCUGCAAUGCUGCUUUGGAGUGUUGCUGCCGUGAGGUCGAAUCCGUCAUUGAGGCCAAUAAGGUUGUUGAUACAAUGUCAAGGUUGGGUGUUAGGCCAGAUGAAUAUACUUUUGGAUUAUUAGGCUAUUUGUAUGCAAGAAAAGGGCUAAAAGCGAAAAUUGCAGAGCUAGAAGAUCUUAUAACUAGGUUUGCAUUUCCCAGUAGAAACAUAUAUCUUAGCAGUUUGAUUUCUGGAUACAUAAAGUCGGGCGAUUUAGAAUCUGUAACGGCUACGGUCAUACAUAAUUUGGGAGUCAAUGGAGAAGAAGUUACGGCUGAGAAAUCUUUUGGGUAUGGUGUGAUCACUGCUUGUGUUAACCUAGGAUUAUUGGAUAAGGCACACACCAUUCUUGAAGAAAUGAACAUUCAGGGAACUAGUUCAUGUCUCGGCGUCUAUAUCCCAAUACUAAAUGCCUACUGCAAAGAACGGAGAACGGCUGAAGCUACUCAGUUGGUUAUGGAAAUCAGUAGCUCCGGACUCCAGCUAGACGCUGGAAUCUAUGAUUCUCUAAUAGAAGCUUCCAUGUCCUGCCAAGAUUUCCAGUCAGCCUUCUCUCUUUUCAGGGACAUGAGGGAAUCCAGAAUAUCUGACCUCAAAGGUAGUUAUUUAACCAUAAUGACCGGCUUAACCGAAAGCCACCGGCCCGAACUCAUGCUGGCCUUCUUAGAAGAAGUCGUAGAUGACCCGCGGGUCGAAUUGGGUACCCACGACUGGAAUUCCAUCAUCCACGCCUUCUGCAAGGCGGGAAAGAUGGAAGAUGCCAAAAGAACCUUCAGGAGGAUGAGUUUCCUGAGGUUUGAGCCGAAUGGGCAAACAUAUAUCUCUCUGAUCAAUGGGUAUGUGGCUGGGGAGAAGUACUUCAAUGUUCUUCUGCUGUGGACUGAGGUGAAGAGGAUGGUUUCGGUUGAAGGGGAGAGGAGACUGAAACUGGACAACAGUUUGGUGGAAGCUUUUUUGUAUGCUCUGGUGAAAGGAGGGUUCUUUGACGCCGUGAUGCAAGUGGUGGAGAAAUCUCAAGAAAUGAAGAUCUUUGUGGAUAAGUGGAGGUACAAGCAAGCUUUCAUGGAAAAGCAUAAGAAGAUCAGAGUAUCAAAGCUGCGAAAAAGGAACACGAGGAAAAUGGAAGCACUGGUUGCUUUCAAGAACUGGGCUGGUCUUAAUGCUUAAUGGCAUAACUACCCUUAUGGGUUCAAUGAUCCUCCGUAACGCCACAUGAUUGGGAUUUCAUUGAACUUUGAAGUGGUCUCGACCGUUCAUUGACAUAUAGCCACAGUUUACUGGUUUU